AUGAGGAAAGAGAACCAGAGCAGCGUGUCUGAAUUCCUUCUCCUGGGUCUCCCCAUCAGGCCAGAACAGCAGGACAUGUUCUUCACCCUGUUCCUGGGCAUGUACCUGACCACGGUGCUGGGGAACCUGCUCAUCAUCCUGCUCAUCAGGCUGGACUCUUGCCUUCACACUCCCAUGUACUUCUUGCUCAGCCACUUGGCCUUCACUGAUGUCUCCCUCUCAUCUAUCACUGUCCCUAAGAUGCUGAUGGACAUGCACACUAAGUACAAAUUCAUCUCCUAUGCAGGGUGCAUUUCACAGAUGUAUUUUUUCCUAUUUUUUACCAACCUGGACAGCUUCCUUAUUGCAUCAAUGGCAUAUGACCGUUAUGUUGCCAUAUGUCACCCUCUUCACUAUACCACCAUCAUGAAGGAACAGAUGUGUGCCUUAUUAGUGGCUAUAUCCUGGAUCCUGUCCUGUGCCAGCUCCCUUUCCCACACCCUUCCCCUGACCCAGUUCAUGGGGAGGGAGAACCAGAGCAGCACGUCUGAGUUCUUCCUGCUGGGUCUCCCCCUCCCACUGGAGCAGCAGGACAUAUUCUUCUCCCUGUUCCUGGGCAUGUACCUGACCACGGUGCUGGGGAACCUGCUCAUCAUCCUGCUCAUCAGGCUGGACUCUCGCCUCCACACCCCCAUGUACUUCUUCCUCAGCCACUUGGCCUUCUCUGACAUUUCCCUUUCAACUAUCACGGUUCCAAAGAUGCUCAGGAACAUGCAGACUCACCAACAAUCCAUCCCUUAUGUGGGGUGUAUUUCUCAGAUGUAUUUUUUCAUAGUUUUUGAUUGUCUUGACAAUUUCCUUCUAGCAGUGAUGGCAUAUGACAGGUAUGUGGCCGUCUGUCAGCCACUCCGCUAUACCACCAUCAUGAGACAGGAGCUGUGUAUCUCAUUAGUAGCUGGGUCCUGGUUCUUCUGUUGUAUUCAUGGCCUGUUGCACACCCUCCUCUUGGCCCAACUGUCCUUCUGUGCUGACAGCACCAUCCAUCACUUCUUCUGUGACCUCACUGCACUCCUGAAGAUGAGCUGCUCAGACAUCUCCCUCAAUGAGCUGGUCAUCUUUACUGAGGGAGGAAUGCUUUUCAUCUUGCCUUUGAGUAGUAUUUUGAGUUCAUACAUCCAUAUAGGGAUCACUGUCCUGAAGGUCACUUCCACCAAGAGACUCUUUAAAGCCUUUUCUACCUGUGGCUCCCAUCUCUUUGUGGUGUCUUUAUACUAUGGGACACUUGCAGGUGUUUACUUUUUCUCUUCAUCAUGGGACUCCAAUGACAAAGACAUAAUUGCUUCAGUCGUGUAUACAGCAGUUACCCCUAUGCUGAACCCGUUCAUCUAUAGCCUUAGGAACAGAGAUAUAAAACAGGCCCUGAAAAUAUCUGUCAAUAGGGUUAGCUUCUUUAAGUGGCAAUCACUAAAUCUUCUUCACGCAGCCAUGAGCAUAGUGAGAUAUAUCUCCUAA